UACUCGGGUCGGAUCUCUUCAUCUCUGGAUAAUAUCUGCUCGGAUUCAGGGUUUAAAAUGAAGGCUAUCAGUCCUGUCCGCUCGGUGAGAAGCUGCUACAAGGCCGUGUGUUGUAUUUCGGAGCAGAGUUUGGGUAUAUCGCGGAGCAGGAGCCCCGCGGAGGAGUCUCUGGACGACAUGAACGACUGUUACUCCAGACUGAAGGAGCUGGUACCGAGCAUCCCUCAGAACAAAUCCGUCAGCCAGAUGGAGAUCCUGCAGCACGUUAUCGAUUAUAUUUUCGAUCUGCAGAUCGCUCUGGAAGGCCAGACGGACUCCGACAUGCUGAAGGUACUAAAGAGUUCCGAGAUCAAGCGAAGUUUGGCGAAAGAAAACGAAGGAGCUCUGUGCCACUAGAAGAACCAACACCUCGUUUUCACUGGUGCAGGACAAACUUCUCCACUCAUGGGCGAGAGCGAGGGAGUGAAGGGGUCGAACCCACACACACAAGGAGCGACGCUUUUCAGAAGUGUGGGAAAAGAGCCAGCUCUCCACUCGAACCGUGCAGCCUUUGGUCACGAAACACUUGAACACCAAAGCUUAAAGAUUUGCUCUCAUUUGGCGGGAAGAAGCUCUGAUGUGUUACUUCUUUUAAAAUCGUUUCUUUUUUUGUGAUUCUACAAUCAAGCCUCGUGUACUGCUGACCGAUUACAUUCCAAGCCGUUCGGACUACACACACUUUACAUUCCAUAGAUCUUUUAGUGAUGCACCCUCCACCGUGUUUUAUCUCUGUGUUAACAAUGUAGUUUUUGUAGUCGCCCUUUUUUUUUUAUUUACAGAUGAUUUUGUUUUAUUAAUUCAUUGUGUACAUAUUCUUUAUCAGUUUGGGUAUAAAGUGGGUGGGCUGGGGCAUGAUGUAUAUGGAUUAUAGACAGAUUAUGAUUUGAACUCUAUACAUAUAGGGUGAAUUUUUAAUGUUUGUGGGGAUUCGAUAUUUCUGCAGACUGUAAAGAUAUGCUGAGUUUUAUAAACUCCAGAAUUGUUUUUGUAUGCAUUGAGAUUUUUUGCAUAAGUGAAAUAAAUAUCUUGAAGAAGAAAA